AUGCCGUCGUCGCCAGCUCCGGCGACGCUCGCUGCGGCCGCGGCCGCCGUGUUGGCUGCGCUCGUGCUGGCGGUGGUCUUCAACCGGAGGAGAGGCGCGCCGGCGGUCUCCAAGGGCGGCGGGCUGCCGCUGCCGCCGGCGCCGCGGGGGCUGCCGGUGCUCGGCAACCUGCACCAGAUGCUGGCCAACAGGCCGGUCCACCGGUGGCUGCACCGCCUGCUGGCGGACGCCGGGGGCGGCGUCGUGCGCGUGCGCCUGGGCCCCGUGCACGUGGUCGCCGUGUCGUGCCCGGAGGCGGCCCGCGAGGUGCUCCGCGGCCGGAACGACGCCGUCUUCGCGGACCGGCCGACCACGUUCGCCGCCGAGUCCUUCAGCCUCGGGUACCGCAGCGCCAGCAUCUCCCCGUUCGGGGACCAGUGGAGGAAGAUGCGGCGCGUGCUCACCGCCGAGGUCCUGUCCCCGGCCACCGAGCGCCGCCUCCGCGCCGCGCGGGAGGGGGAGGCGGACCACCUCGUCCGGUACGUCCGCGCGCUGUGCCGCCGGGACGGCGGCGCCGUCGACGUGCGCCACGUCGCCAGGCACUUCUGCGGCAACGUCAUCCGGAGGCUCACCCUGGGGCGGCGCCACUUCGGCGAGGCGCCGGCGGACGGCGGGCCCGGGCGCGACGAGGCGGAGCACGUGGACGCGCUCUUCGCCACGCUCAACUACCUCGACGCGUUCUGCGUCUCCGACUACUUCCCGGCGCUGGUGGGCCUCGACCUGGACGGCCACGAGCGGGUCGUCAGGGGCGUGAUGCGGACGCUGAGCCUGCACGACCCCAUCGUGGAGGAGCGGGUGGAGGAGUGGCGGCUGCUGCGGAAGGCCGGCGAGCGGCGCGAGCCCGCCGACUUCCUCGACGUCCUCGCCUCCCUCGACGACGACGCCGGGCGGCCGCUGCUCACCAUGGAGGAGAUUAAGGCGCAAACCAUCGACAUCAUGAUCGCGACGGUGGACAACCCGUCGAACGCGGCGGAGUGGGCGCUGGCGGAGAUGGUGAACCGGCCGGAGGUGAUGGCGCGGGCGGUGGCGGAGCUCGACGCGGCCGUGGGGCGGGGCCGGCUGGUGGCGGAGUCCGACGCGCGCGGGCUCGACUACCUCCGGGCGUGCAUCCGGGAGGCGUUCCGGCUGCAUCCGUACCACCCCUUCAACCCGCCGCGCGUCGCCAUGGAGGACGCGGCCGUCGCCGGGUACGCGGUCCCCCGGGGCAGCCACGUCCUGCUCAGCCGCGUCGGGCUCGGCCGGAACCCCGCCGUGUGGGAGGACCCGCUCGAGUUCCGCCCCGAGCGGCACCUGCCGCCUGCCGGGGCCGGCGGCGGCGUGUCGCUGUCGGAGCCGGAGCUGCGGUUCAUCUCGUUCAGCACGGGGAGGCGGGGGUGCCCGGGGCUCUCGCUCGGCACGCUCAUCACCGUCACGCUGCUCGCGAGGCUCCUGCAGGGGUUCCACUGGAGCGCGCCGCCGGGCGUCGGCGGCCGGGUGGAGCUCCGGGAGGCGGCGGCGAGCCUCGAGCUGGCCGAGCCGCUCGUCUUGCGGGCCACGCCGCGGCUGCCGGCGCACCUGUACGACGAGGCCGAGUGAUGAUGCCAUACGUACCAGGACGUGCUGCGGCUUGUUCUGCUAAGUUUUACGGGAGUGAGACGAGAGUACGUGGAGGAAUAAAAGUUGGGCCCAUCCGCUGUAUCGGAGGCUGGCUGCCUGGAGGAUCUGUGAGACUUUGAUGUUCUUGUACUGAAUAGUUGUAGCGUGUGCGUGCAUGUACAUCUGGUGGUUACUAUCCAUAUCGUAGAA